AUGGUCUUCAGUAGACAUCACCAGGAAGGUCUGGCCAGAGCUGGCAUUAAGAUCAACAGCAAGGUUUCCAUCAGUGCUGCAACUGAGAAUAUGUUCCUUCUUAGGCUUACGAAUCCUCGGCUGUUUGAGUACAGUGGUAUUUGGCCUAUAGAUAUGUUUGUUGCUACUAAGCACUCCUCAGGAGUGGCUGCUCAGCUUCCGAUUCCUAUUAAGUUUGAGAACACAAAUGAUUUGGUUGGAAAGUUAUUCACACCUUCUGUGGUCUCAACAACUGUUAUCAACCUGCACAGGGGAAUUCUGAACAUCUUUUAGCUCAACCUCAGGAAGAACCAGAACAUCUAUGAGGUUCAAGAGGAUGAAGUUCAGGGCAUUUGUGAGGCCCAAUAUCUGAUCAGUAAAGAUGAAGGAAACAACUGCACCACCAUCACCAAAUUCCAUAUACUUUUAAUACAAUUAUAUUUGGCUGGCCACCAAGAUCCAAGUCUUAUGUCCUAUCUUAAAGCCAAGUGUGAGAGCUUACCCCCAGUUAUCACCACCUAUGCCAAACGUGUGGCUAACUACAUUCCUGGUGCAGCUCAAAUGACUAGAUUGGAUAUUACCAAUGAAAAAAAUAACACUGAGAGGCAGAUUGAACUGAUCUUACUCCGGGUCCCAAAAACGUUUCCGUUUGAGGCUAUCCAGGCCUAUCCAGAAAAGGAUUUCACAAUCAUAAUUUUAAACAUUUAUUGUAUGUUUCAUUUAUCUACAUGCAGUAAGAUCAGACACACCUUGAUUACAUUCAACCAUAAGAAGUACAACUACGAAAUUCCUUGCUACCAAUUCUUAGUUCAAGACUGCACUUCAGCGGAUAAAUUCAUAGUCCUUAUAAAAAAGGAUGUCUUUGAUCAUGAAGACCUAAACAUUCAGGUGGCAGACAUUGAUGUUGACAUAUACCACCAGAAGAGUGCAGUGAAGGUUAAAAUGAAUGGAAUUGAAAUACCAACCAACAUUUCGUACUGUACCAGCACCAAACAGGUUAAAGUUCUCUUCACAUUAUUUUAAUAUAAAAGUCUGUUGCUUGCAUCAGCAAUUACCUUUUUUUAAGUCUUGACAUGUUUUUUUUAUAUUUCAAUUAAAUAUGACCUGGGAAGGGAGUCUUCAAUUAUUUCAUGCAAAUUUAUUAGGUUUUUUCAAUGUUAAAACGU